AUGGACGUCAACUUUGAACCCACAAAAGGGAAGCCCUUCUCCAUCGAAGUGGGCUUCUGGGAUACCGUAGCAGAGAUCAAAGAGAAGAUACAGAAAAACGAAGGCGUCCCCGUUGCCAAACAAACGCUGAUCUUCAAGGAGAAAGUACUCGAAGACAGUCUCGAGGUGAUCUCCUCCGACCUCACCCACAACAGCCUCGUCAAGCUAAUCAUCGAACCCGCAGAACCAGAAAAACCUGCCCAACCAGAGAAAAAAAAACAAAAGAAAGUUAAAGAAUCAUCCUCAUCAUCCAAGAAAAUCCAACUCCACAUUAGGAUAAAGGAAUCCAACGCGCGGAUAUCCAUGGCCAUGGAAAAGAAGGCGAAGAUCGGACGGCUGAAAGAGAGGAUCAGUCGGACCGAAGGCGUUUCUUUCGACCGGCUGGUGGUUCUUGCGGAGGGCGUAGAGUUACAGAACCACGAAACCCUAUGGGACUACGGGCUGUCCGAUGGUUCCGAGCUGGAGGUGGUGGUCCGGGGGGCCUCGGCGGGGUCUUCGACCGGCAGCGGUGGCGGCGCUGCUCGCGGGUCGAAGAAGCUGAGGGUGGUGGUGGUGACGCGGUGCGGGACGAAGAGGAUUCCGCUGGAUGUUUACCCGUGGGAGAACGUGGCUGAUAUAAGGCCGGAGCUGGAGAAGCAGCAGGAACCAUUGCAGUUUAAGCUUCCGGAAGAAGGUUAUUUCUUCAUACACAACCAGACUGUGAUGGAAGAAGAUCAGUCAUUCUGGUGGCACCUAGUUAAGGACGGCGAUAUCAUUGAUAUCUUCAAUGGAAGGGUGACUGUUGGUGUGGAUCCUAAGAUGUUUUGA